UCCGCCGCCACUUCGGCAGCUUCCGCCGGUUCGGUCGGAAAUGGCCGAAGACGUGAGAGAGCCAGCGGUUUAGGGGAGAAGACCGGCCGGCUUCUCGGAGCAAACCAACUGUGUUCGGACCGGGGGGGGGGGGAGCAGGGGAAGGCGGACGGAGGGGGAAGACAAGACAGUGGCUAUGGCUCCCCCCCCAGCCACUCGCGGAGGGUGGCGUAACGGGCGCCGGGACCGCGGCUCCGCCAGGAGGGUGAAGUGAGGGCGCCAAGAGGCUCCAUACAGAUGAGCAGUGAGUUGGGUACAGAAGGCGGCCAGAUCCCACUUUUCCAGUUGAUCACCUUACACGGAGAAGAGCCCUUGGAAUCAGCGCUGGGAGAAGGUGGAAAAGUAGUGGCAGAGCUGCUUUGUGAUGCAGGACAGGUCUGAGCCAAGCAGCUACAGUGCAGAAGUGCUGGUGAAAAAGAGACUUCUUGGCAGUAGAAACUGCCUGUUGAAGACUGGACAGAUAAAGCACAGGAGCCACUAACAAGCACUCCCUGACAUCCUUCACUAUUCAUCUGAAGGAGCCUGCAUGACAGAGGAAUGGCAGAGCUGCAGCAGUGAUGAGAGAGACUGACACUCACAGGACUCUCUUCUGGCUCCUUCUCCACAGUAUCUGGUGCCUCUGCAUAUUCACUGGAUGGUAAUGCAGGAUGUCAAGAGCAGCAGCAAUAGAGUUUGGCUUGAUCCCAUUGUGUUUUUCUUGUGCUGGUUGAGCCUUCGAGUCACCAUGACAACGCUGUGACACUUCCAGCAAAGGUUGCCCGCAGACCAAGGGUGGGCUGCGGGUGGGUGAGGAGGUCAGUGAUUGAGUCUGCUGGGAUCAAAUGUUGCGCCUGCAGCAAAACGACUGUGGAAGAGCCGCUGGCACAACAAGAUGAAAUUCCCCUUCCAUUGGCUUCUCCUUAAGCAGGCACAAUAACUUCUUUUUUCGAGAGACUUGCUCGAAAAACUCCUAUGGUUAUGGCUACUGAUCCAACGUGAUUGGGCACGCAGCCACCUUGGAACUCAUGACUGGAUAUACGAUGUUGCGGAAUGGGGGAGUGGGGAACGGAGGCCAGCCGUGGGUGUUGAGAUGGUCCAGUCGGAUCCGGCUCACCUGGCUUAGUUUCACCCUCUUCAUUAUCCUCGUCUUCUUUCCCCUCAUUGCCCACUACUACUUAACCACCAUCGAUGACGCGGACGACGCCGGCAAGCGCAUCUUCGGCCCUCGGACCGGCAGCGAGCUGUGUGAGGUAAAGCAUGUGCAAGACCUGUGCCGCAUCCGAGAGUCGGUCAGCGAGGAGCUGCUCCAGCUGGAGGCCAAGCGGCAGGAGCUCAACAGCGAGAUCGCCAAGCUCAACUUGAAGAUUGAGGCCUGCAAAAAGAGCAUUGAAAACGCCAAGCAGGACCUGCUGCAGCUGAAGAAUGUCAUCAGCCAGACAGAGCAUUCCUACAAAGAACUGAUGGCUCAGAACCAGCCUAAGCUCUCUUUGCCCAUCCGGCUGCUGCCAGACAAAGACGAUGUGACCUUCCCCCUGCCAAAAUCCAUCCGGAACUGCAGGCUGCACAACUGCUUUGACUACUCUCGCUGCCCGUUGACAUCUGGCUUUCCAGUCUAUGUCUACAACAGUGACGAUUACCCUUUGGGUAGUUCCUUAGACCCUUUAAUUAAACAAGCCUUCGAGGCGACUGUCAGAACUAAUGUUUAUGUUACUGAAAACGCAAAUAUUGCUUGUGUGUAUAUCAUUUUAGUGGGGGAAAUGCAAGAGCCUGUGAUGCCAAAACCUACUGAACUCGAGCAACAGUUGCACUCUCUGCCAUAUUGGAGGACUGAUGGACAUAACCAUCUCAUCAUCAAUUUAUCAAGGAAAUCAGAAACUCAGAACUUCAUUUACAACAUCAGCACAGGGCGCGCCAUGGUUGCCCAGUCCACCUUUUACGAUGCGCAGUAUCGACCGGGGUUUGAUAUUGUGGUGUCACCUCUGGUCCACGCUAUGUCUGAACCCAAUUUCCUAGAAAUCCCACCCCAGGUGCCAGUCAAGCGUAAAUAUCUCUUCAGUUUCCAGGGGGAGAAGAUUGAGUCUCUCCGAUCUAGCUUGCAGGAGGUUCGCUCUUUCGAAGAGGAGAUAGAAGGCAACGCCCCAGCUGACUACGAUGAUCGGAUCAUUACCACCCUGAAGGCUGUUCAGGACAGCAAGUUGGACUUCGUUUUGGUGGAGUUCACAUGUAAGAACCAGCCUAAGGCAAGUCUGCCCACUGAGUGGGCUCUGUGUGGAGAAAGGGACGACAGACUAGAGCUACUGAAGCUAUCUACUUUUGCACUGAUAAUCACCCCAGGGGACACCCAUUUGGUGAUCUCUGCUGGGUGUGCCAUGAGACUGUUUGAGGCUCUGGAAGUCGGAGCCAUCCCGGUGGUUCUCGGAGAGCAAGUUCAGCUACCCUAUAACGAUGUGAUCCGGUGGAACGAGGCAGCCUUAAUCAUACCAAAGCCACGUAUCACAGAAGUGCACUUUCUUCUGAGAAGCAUUUCUGACAACGAUCUCCUUGCCAUGAGGAGGCAGGGCCGCUUCUUGUGGGAGACCUACUUCUCCACCUCUGACAACGUGUUCAGCACAGUCUUAGCUAUCAUAAGGACUCGAAUCCAGAUCCCGGCUGCUCCUAUCCGAGAAGAACCUGCUGUGGAAAUUCCUCACCGGUCUGGCAAAGCUGCUGGCACAGACCCCAAUAUGGCAGACAAUGGUGACCUGGACUUGGGGCCUGUGGAAACAGAACCACCCUAUGCGUCUCCCAAGUAUCUCCGUAAUUUCACCCUCACUGCAAUGGACAUCUACAGGAAUUGGAAUUCUGCUCCGGGGCCUUUCCACCUCUUCCCCUACACUCCCUUUGACCCUGUUUUGCCAUCAGAAGCAAAGUUUUUGGGGUCUGGGACUGGAUUUCGACCGAUUGGUGGAGGAGCAGGUGGCUCUGGGAAGGAGUUCCAGGCUGCUUUAGGUGGCAAUGUCCCCCGGGAGCAGUUCACAGUAGUGAUGUUGACUUACGAGCGGGAGGAAGUGUUGAUGAACUCCCUAGAGAGGCUCAAUGGUCUGCCAUACUUAAAUAAAGUGGUGGUAGUGUGGAACUCUCCCAAGCUUCCCUCUGAGGAUCUCUUGUGGCCAGACAUUGGUGUCCCAAUCAUGGUUGUCCGCACGGAGAAGAACAGCCUGAACAACCGGUUCCUGCCGUGGGACGAGAUCGAGACGGAGGCCAUCCUGUCCAUCGACGACGACGCGCACCUGCGCCACGACGAGAUCAUGUUUGGCUUCCGGGUCUGGAGAGAGGCAAGGGACCGCAUCGUUGGCUUCCCAGGGCGCUACCACGCGUGGGACAUCCCCCAUCAGUCCUGGCUUUACAACUCCAACUACUCUUGCGAGCUCUCCAUGGUGCUCACUGGUGCUGCCUUCUUCCAUAAGUACUACGCCUACCUGUACUCGUACGUGAUGCCGCAAGCCAUCCGCGACAUGGUGGAUGAGUACAUCAACUGCGAGGACAUCGCCAUGAACUUCCUGGUCUCUCACCUGACAAGAAAGCCUCCCAUAAAGGUGACCUCCCGCUGGACCUUCCGCUGCCCCGGCUGCCCGCAGGCGCUCUCGCACGACGACUCUCACUUCCACGAGCGACACAAGUGCAUCAACUUCUUUGUCAAGGUGUAUGGCUACAUGCCCCUGCUGUACACCCAGUUCCGCGUGGACUCGGUCCUCUUCAAGACCCGCCUGCCGCACGACAAGACAAAGUGCUUCAAGUUCAUCUAGGAGCAGCGGGAGGCAGCUGGGCGCCCUCGGCUCUGAGCUCCGUCCGGAGGCGGCGAGGGCGGAGCGGAGCUCCUGCGGCAGCGCUGCGAGAGCAGAGCGCCUCUGCCUAUGGACUGCUGCCGCUCUCCGGCGGAGCGCAAGGCGCGCCCCGGGCUGCGACGGGCGCCUUCGCCCUCCCUUCCUCGCCUCCUCCCCGCAGGGACUCUGCCGAGCCACAGGGACAGCAGAUCCCACGGCUCCUGUAAAGACACUCCCUAGGAUCACACCGUGAGGAAUGGCACCCUGCCUACUGACCAGCCAGGGGCAACCCUUUUUAAUUCUAAUUAUUGUUAUUUAAAAUGAAAGUGGUUUAGAUUUGCCGCCCCAGGCUUUUUGGUUCUUUCUUUUUCCUUCUCCCCUACCCACCCACUUUCCCCUCUCGACCUGUCUGCCCACUCGAGGGGGACCAUAGCAAGGCCAGGCUGGAGGUGUUUGACUGCAGAGAGAUUAUUGCCAGUAUCGAGGCAGCUCUCUCACCGCUGUGGUUCCAUCCUUUCUCCAGCAGGGCAGUCCUUCCCCUCCCGCACACCUUAUCUUGACUCUUCUUGCCCUGUGGCUACUACUGAGGACUCCAGGUGUCAGCUGCUGAUGAGCUUUUUGCUCUGCUCUGCUCAUCACUCCGAGCCCUGCCCUUGGAGACCCGCAGCAGGGAGGAGUUUAGCUCCGGAGGGUCCUUCUCUGGCUCCCAGCACCAUGCCAGGUCCUGUGCUGCAGCCCAAGGGAGUUUUGUUGCUGUGGUCCCAUUCUCAGUGUGCUUUUCCACCCCGUGCAGCACACCACAGGCACUGCUGAACCUCCAGAGACAGCAUGUUUGGGGCUUGGGAAUGAUCCAUCUGCCUCAGAGCAGGGGCUGACAAUGUCACAGGCUCAGGUGUUUGAGCGAGCUGUGGUUUUCUACGGCCACCACAGCACCAAAGGCAGCUGCAGGGAUUCUCUGAGUCCGGUCUGGUCUUUUCACAAGCAUUUUGGGACUUUUCCUCCUGCCCUUCAGGGCCUUGUUCACUGUCCCUGGAGAGCUGCUCCAGCAGCAGCCUGAGAUCAGCCCUGUGAGCAUUUGCCGGUAAAAGAAACCUCUUUUCCCAAAGUGUCUCGGCGUGGACACAUUCUGCUGAGCUCUGUGUGGUGCCCAGUCCCUGCUGGGCCAGCAGGCAGUGGCUCAGCUUUCAGUAGCAGUGAUGGGAGUGGAGGUGCCAGACCUUCUCUUGAGGUGGCUUGGCACUGAGCAGAGGGGUGGAAGAAGAUGCUUACUCUUACUCCACGUGCAGCCUAGCAGAGCCUGAGCGAGGCACCAGCCCAGCCUGCGUGUGCCAGGGCCCAGGCUGUGCCUGGAGUCCCUGCUCUGCCUCAUCCCUUGCCCCCAUCCCAGAGUGAAAUGUGCCCAUGCUGGCUUUGCCCGUGGGCCUCAGCAUAACUGCCUUAAACACCUGUCCUGUCCACACCCAUGCCCUGGCUCUGGGCUGAAUUUGAAGGUUAAUCCACUAAGAGCUUUUCUUCAUGUGAACUUGGAUGUGUGUCUGGGAUCCGUUUCCCAGGGCUGGUUUUGGAGCUGGUUUCUUGCCCAUCAAAGCAAAGCAUGGUCAUGGCCAUGCCCAACCUCCAUGCUCGACUCAUUCUCCUGCUUCAAUCCCAGCCUGUAACAGGAGGGAAGGACACAGGUGGACUGUUUCUGUGACACAUUCUCCCUCAAUGCAUCCCAGAUGCUGAAGAGCAGCCUGGAGAAGCUCUUGAUGGGUAGACAAGAAAGAGAUGAGAUUUGUGUGGUUCACCUCAGUGUCCCAGGCUUUUGUGGCUUGACCACUGCUGCAGCUCAGUACCACUGUGCGACUCAGCAUCCCAGCACCCUGCAGCAGAAUGAUGGUGCCCCCUGGCUGUGUCUCUGAUGUGUCCUGAAGGAGGAGCAUGGAUGCUGUGUCAGCAGCUUCUGGGCUUGUUUGUAAAGUCAGCCUUGUUUGCACUCCUCCCCUGCAGACUGAGCCACACUUCGGGGUGUUAAGUGGCCACAUUUCAGCCAGCUUUUAAUGUCAGUCCUGUGGCUGGGGGUCACCAACACUUGCUUGCUAGGGAGGGGAAGGGAAGGAGAAGCCAAUCCCCAGCAGAGCCAACGGCUUGUGCCUUCAGAAGCACUGCAGACCACAGCAAAACACAGAUCAGGGUUAUCUGCUCCUCUGUGUGGUUUUCUCCUUUCCACUUGCUUUUUGUUAUAACAUCAGGUGCUGGAGGUGGAGCAUGGGAAAGCUCAGAGUCUCCCCAAAAAUGCAGCUGGAGGCCCCUCCAAGGCCCUGAAACACCUGGAAGGACAUUUUCUACCCCUGCUCAGAGUGGAAAUGUGACAGAAGCAGCUGCACCAGCUCCAGCAUCAUCAAGGGGCUUGACACUCUUCUGCCAGUGGCUUUAAUUCUCUCCUCAUUAAUAGGAGGUUCAUUAGCAGCAAUGCAGUGGCUCACUUACAGUGCAGGACCCCGGUGUCAGCCAAGGGUGGAGGCAGCUCUGCCUUCCCCACCCCUCUGCCUACACAGCAGGAGGCAGACAAGAGCAGGGAGGGAUCAGGUGUGGAUUGCACUUUGUGUACGCAGGAAGGCUGCUCAGCUGUUCUGGUGAGACUCAGAUUGGAAGCCCCCCGGGGCCACCUUGCCCUUUGUGUCAAGGAGGGCUUGGGGCUUGCUUGAGUUGUUGAUUUGCUUCAGUCAGAGCUGGCAGCAAGCUCAGGGUUGUGGGUUUCUCCUUUUCUGUUGGUGUGUCUCAGUCGAAGGCCAGUGGAGCUAGAGAGAUCAGCACUGGAAAUCCAAAUUGUUCUUCUCAAGCUCUUAACAUGCUCAACUCCCACCCAAAGAGAUGCUUAAUGGGGGAUCCCUGCUGCUGCUGUAGCCAGGGCUCAGAGUGUGAUGGUCGAUGGAAUCGGUGCACACAUUGUGAGGUGGCUUCAUUCUUGCUAAAAUCCCCCAAAGGGGAGGAUUUGGCUGCUGUGAGUCACUGGUGGCAGCUGCUCAGGUCAGUGGGAGUCCUGUUGGGUAGCAGCACCAUCAGGAGGAACAGGAUGCCAUUAGGAAACUGAAUGCCAGCCCCACACACAGGGUUGGUGCUGUCCCUCCUGGGUCUUUGCUGCUCUAGCGCUUUCCCAGAUCUUCCCAAACAGGCACCAGAGCUCCUCUGGAGCAGACUUGUGAUUCUGACCCUGAUUUUCUGCUGCUGAAACAUCCCAGGAUCUGAGCUGCACUACGCUCUACCAUCAGGGAGCAGAGAGACAUUUCUGGAGAGUGGUCUGCCCUUCUAAAUGUCCCAGACACCGUCCCUAGCUCCCCAUCACUCUCCUGUGACUUUCAGGAGGUCCCAGGGCAACUCCAAAGCUCAGGUUAGGUUGUACCGUUCAUCCCAGCUCCAGCACAGAGCAGCCUGGGGCAUGGAGUCCCACCACCCCAGCUCUGAGGAGAUGGGAAGGUCUCUCAGAGGCUGCACCUUCCCAUGGGAAAGGCCUUUUCCCCUUCCCAAUGUUUCAGCUGCUUCACUUAGGCCUGGGGGUUGCCGGCAGGGGGCUGCUGGGCGUGGAGCAAGGCGUUUGUCACGUUCGCUGUAAAUAGCAUCACCUGCGGGUGUCACACGGCUCCUGCCCUCCCCUGCAGCCUGGUCGUGCUGACUGCUCCGUGAGCACCAGGUUUGAAAACAAACCGAAAUCUGAGCGAAACGAAACACUCCUGCAACACGAGCACAAUGUUGAGUUCUUUUGUAAACGGAUCCAAUAAAUGGAGAGUUUAACUUGA